AGAUCCCUGGAUUUCCUCAUUGAACUCCUUCACAAAGAUCAAUUGGACGAGACUGUUAAUGUGGAGCCUCUCACCAAGGCCAUUAAAUACUAUCAGCAUCUCUACAGCAUCCACCUGUUGGAGCACACUGAGGAUUGUACAGUACAGCUGGCUGACCACAUCAAGUUUACACAGAGUGCUCUGGAUUGUAUGGCUGUGGAAGUGGGAAGGUUACGCUCCCUGUUACAGGCUGGGCAGGAAGCUACUGAUGUAGCCAUUCUCCUGAAGGACCUCGGUACGUCCUGCAGUGAUAUCCGCCAGUUCUGUAAGAAGGUGCGAAGACGGAUGCCUGGCACAGAUGCUCCUGGAAUUCCAACGGCACUCUCCUUCGGCCAUCAGGUUGCUGACACCCUGGUGGAGUGCAGGAAGCAGUUGAGCCGCGUUGUGGCCGUGCUGCAGGAGAUGGCUGCUGCUGGAGUCCAGCUGGUGGCACCUUUACCUGAGAAUGAGGGGCUGCCCCCUCGCAAACUCGAGGAAGUGGCUUGGACCGCAACCGAGCAGGUAUAUGGAGGACAGGCGACCAGCCCGUAUGAAUGCCUCCGCCAGUCAUGUACAGUCAUCAUUGUCACAAUGAAUAAGAUGGCCACGGCCAUGCAGGAGGGAGAGUACGAUUCCGAGAAGGCGUUGGUGAAGCCCGCACGGCCAGUGGAUCAGCGUGCUGCUUCUCUCCGAGCUGAAAUCACCGAUGCUGAGGGCCUUGGACUGAAACUGGAGGAUCGAGAAACUGUCAUCAAAGAGCUGAAGAAAUCCUUGAAGAUCAAGGGGGAGGAGUUGAGUGAAGCCAGUGUACGCCUUAGUCUGCUUGAGAAGAAACUGGACUGUUCCUCGAAAGAGGCUGACGAUCGAGUGGAGAAAAUUCAGGUGAAACUGGAAGAGACACAGACACUGCUCAAAAAGAAGGAGAAGUGAGUAGUCGCAGCUGCCUACCGGCUUUCAGAGG